AUGGAUCGGAGGAAACAAGAGACAGAGCAGUGGCACGAGGAGACGGCCGACUUGCCGUCCUUCUACUCCCCGCGAUCGCGGCCUGUUGGCGACCAAGAAACCGCGGCACCCAACACUACCCAGCUGCAGCGGGACGGCCUGUCUCUCGCGGCCUUGUCUUCGCUCAAUGACCAGCCGAGGCCAUCCACUGCUGCCUCGACGCAUUCAGACGACCAAGCGCCUCCUCCGCCCUCGUUACUCUCUCCUCAAUUCACCCCGCCGGCGACACCGGGCACCGCAACGCCGUCGACGGAGCAGCCCCGAAGCGUUCCUGUAGAUUCCUCCCUGCCCUCUGGCGGAGCGGGAGUCAAGCGGCCGAAACUUCUCCAAACAUUGCCAGAAGUACAAUGUAUCGUCCGAGCACGAAUCCCGACCGUAACCGGAACCGAAAUGUUCCUGCACCUGUACACGAACAACGUGGACAACAAGGAGCACCUUGCCAUUGUCUUUGGAAACAAUAUCCGCAGCAAGAGUCUUGAUGCGCCACGGGAAGGAGAAACAGAGAUGGACCGAAUGGUCCGUGGCGCGUACACGGGCAGACUCUUCCCUGGACGAACGAGCAGUGGCAUGGCUGGUCCUUCAACGGCCGCCCCGCAACCAGAAACACCAAAUGGGCCACCUCUGGUGAGAAUCCACUCCGAGUGCUACACGGGAGAGACGGCAUGGUCAGCGCGGUGCGAUUGUGGUGAGCAGCUUGACGAGGCGGCUCGAUUAAUGGCUCUCCCUUCACAGACUAGAAAUGGUGGCAUCAUCAUUUACUUGCGGCAAGAAGGCCGAGGUAUCGGCCUGGGCGAGAAACUCAAGGCCUAUAACCUGCAAGAUCUGGGCUCGGACACCGUGGAAGCAAACUUGCUGCUUAGGCACCCGGCCGAUGCGAGAAGUUACGGCCUAGCUACUGCUAUGUUGUUGGACCUGGGCCAAGAGGAGGUCAGGCUGCUCACAAACAACCCAGACAAGAUUCGUGCAGUCGAAGGACCCAACAGAGAAGUCAGAGUCAAGGAGAGAGUGGCCAUGGUACCUUUGAGUUGGAAAGGCAAGGGUGGUUUUAGAAGCCAGGAGGUGGAAGGAUAUCUGAAGACAAAGAUUGAAAAGAUGGGACAUAUGCUGGAUAUGGGAGGAGUGCCUCCGACCUCGUGA